AUGCUAGAGAUAGAGAAGCAUUGGAGAAAGCUAAGAUUCGGUAUGUUCUUAACUGCACACCUGUUCGUUCCAACGGUGGCGUGGCAAACUUCUAUGAAAAAGACGCCACCAUGCGGAUGGAAUACUGCAGAGUCUCCAUGGGUGACAACGCAACAGAAACCUUGCAGUCACGUUUCGAGGCAAGUUGGGCCUUCUUGGAAAAAGCCCGUAUUCGUGAGGUGUGGGCAUCCAGAGCAAAAAACAUGGCGAGGUUUCCCAGACUUCCGGUGUUCCAAGCACUCUGUUGGGAGCCGUGGCAGGACGGAUCUGUGCUCAUCCAUUGCCAGCAGGGUGUUUCUCGUAGUGUGCCCUGCACUUGGGAUCUGA